AGGAAGCCUUCAGGGUUGACUGGCUGGCACCUGCAGCCUGAAGAGUAAGAAAAAGCCUUUGACAGCUCCACUACCAUCAAGGACUUGCCCUCCACUGUAUAGGGUACAUGGGUCUUUCCUUAGGGACCAGAAGUGCUGUGCUGUGCUUAGCCGGGUCAGACUCGCUGAGUCCAUGGACGGUAGCCCCCGCCAGGCUCCUUUGUCCAUGGGGAUUCUCCAGGCAAGAAUACUGGAGAGGGUUGCCAUGGACUACCAGUAUCUCCCUUAACUGGGGGGUGGGGGUGGAGAUGAGGAGAGGAUGUCAUCACCAGCCUGCCCACAAAGCCACUCUGGCUUGGCCAUUACCUACACCCACAUCCCAUCCCCAGAUGACAUGCCCCACUCCAGGCAGCUUCUGCCCCCUUGAGAUGGAAACAAUGAAGGGAGACACCAGACAGCUCAACGGAGAGGAGGACGCCAGCAGGAGGGAAGACUCCAUCCUCACCAAUGGGGGCUGCAGCGACCAGUCUUCUGACUCCAAGGAUGCGCCCUCGCCCCCGAUCCUGGAGGCUGUCAGCACCCCCGAGAUCCGCGGUGGCAGAGCUGGCAGAGGCCGCAGAUCAAGCUCACGACUGUCCAAGAGGGAGGUCUCCAGCCUGCUAAGUUAUACUCAGGACCUGACGGGUGAUGGAGAUGGCGAGGGAGAAGACGGGGAUGGCUCCGACACUCCAGUGAUGCCAAAGCUCUUCCGGGAAACCAGGACUCGGCCUGAAAGCCCAGCUGUCCGAACCCGAAAUAACAGCAGUACCUCCAGCCGGGAGAGGCACAGGCCCUCCCCACGUUCCACCCGAGGCCGGCAGGGCCGCAACCACGUGGACGAGUCCCCCGUGGAGUUCUCAACUACCAGGUCCCUGAGGCGACGGACGGGAUCCUCUGCGGGCACGCCGUGGCCGUCCCCUGCCAGCCCCUACCUCACCAUCGACCUGACAGACGAGGAUGUGGUUCCGCAGAGCAGCAGUACACCCUACGCCCGCCUGGCCCAGGACAGCCAGCAGGAGAGCGUGGAGACCUCGCAGGUGGACGCAGAGGGCAGAGACGCAGACAGCACUGAGUAUCAGGAUGGGAAAGAGUUUGGAAUAGGAGAUCUUGUAUGGGGCAAGAUCAAGGGUUUCUCCUGGUGGCCUGCCAUGGUGGUGUCCUGGAAGGCCACCUCCAAGCGGCAGGCAAUGUCUGGCAUGCGGUGGGUCCAGUGGUUUGGUGAUGGCAAGUUCUCUGAGAUUCCAGCAGAUAAGUUGGUGGCAUUGGGAUUGUUCAGCCAGCACUUUAACCUGGCGACCUUCAAUAAGCUGGUCUCUUACAGGAAGGCCAUGUACCAUGCUCUGGAGAAAGCCAGAAUCCGGGCUGGCAAGACAUUCACCAGCAGCCCUGGAGACUCGCUGGAGGAUCAGCUGAAGCCCAUGUUGGAGUGGGCCCAUGGAGGCUUUAAGCCCACUGGGGUCGAGGGUCUCAAACCCAACAACAAGCAACCAGCACCCUCCUCCCACCCAGCCACGGCUGCCUUCUCCUCACCUUUCACAGAGAGUAAAACGCGGAGACGCACAGCUGACGACUCGGCCACCUCUGACUACUGCCCCCCACCCAAGCGCCUCAAGACAAAUUGUUAUAACAACGGCAAAGACCGAGGAGAGGAGGACCAGAGUCGAGAACAAAUGGCUUCGGAUGUUGCCAGCAACAAAGGCAACCUGGAAGAUAGCUGUUUGUCCUGUGGUAGGAAAAACCCCGUGUCCUUCCAUCCUCUCUUUGAGGGUGGGCUCUGCCAGACAUGCCGGGACCGCUUCCUUGAGCUCUUCUACAUGUAUGAUGACGACGGCUACCAGUCCUACUGCACCGUGUGCUGCGAGGGCCGCGAGCUACUCCUAUGCAGCAACACUAGCUGCUGCCGGUGCUUCUGUGUGGAGUGCCUGGAGGUGCUGGUGGGCGCGGGCACAGCGGCGGAGGCCAAGCUGCAGGAGCCCUGGAGUUGCUACAUGUGUCUCCCGCAGCGUUGCCAUGGCAUCCUGCGGCGCCGCAAGGACUGGAGUGUGCGUCUGCAGGCCUUCUUCACCAGCGACCCUGGGCUCGAAUACGAAGCCCCCAAGUUAUACCCUGCAAUUCCUGCAAACCGAAGGCGGCCUAUUCGAGUCUUGUCACUGUUUGAUGGAAUUGCAACAGGGUACUUGGUCCUCAAAGAACUGGGCAUCAAAGUGGAGAAAUACGUGGCCUCUGAAGUGUGUGAAGAGUCCAUUGCCGUUGGCACCGUUAAGCAUGAGGGCAACAUCAAAUAUGUGAAUGACGUCAGGAACAUCACAAAGAAAAACAUUGAAGAAUGGGGCCCAUUUGACUUGGUGAUUGGCGGAAGCCCAUGCAAUGAUCUCUCCAAUGUGAACCCUGCCAGGAAAGGCCUGUAUGAGGGCACAGGCCGGCUCUUCUUUGAGUUCUACCACCUGCUGAAUUACACUCGCCCCAAGGAGGGUGAAGACCGGCCUUUCUUCUGGAUGUUUGAGAACGUGGUGGCCAUGAAGGUUGGCGACAAGCGGGACAUCUCUCGGUUUUUGGAGUGUAACCCAGUGAUGAUUGAUGCCAUCAAAGUGUCUGCUGCUCACAGAGCCCGAUACUUCUGGGGCAACCUGCCCGGGAUGAACAGGCCUGUGAUAGCAUCCAAGAAUGAUAAACUCGAGCUGCAGGACUGCCUGGAGUUCAAUAGGACAGCAAAGUUAAAGAAAGUACAGACAAUAACCACCAAGUCGAACUCGAUCAGACAGGGGAAAAACCAACUUUUCCCUGUUGUCAUGAAUGGCAAAGAAGAUGUUUUGUGGUGCACUGAGCUAGAAAGGAUCUUCGGCUUCCCUGUGCACUACACGGACGUGUCCAACAUGGGCCGCGUGGCCCGGCAGAAGCUGCUGGGGAGGUCCUGGAGCGUGCCCGUCAUCCGACACCUCUUCGCGCCCUUGAAGGACUACUUUGCCUGUGAAUAGCCCCCGGGCGCCGGGGCACCAGGCAGAGCCACAGCCCGGGGGUGCAGCCUGGCUCUGCCCUGGCCAGCCCAGCUGCGCUUGCGGGGGCGCGCCGAGCACCUCGUCGGGAGCAGAGCUGCCUGUCCCCUUCCUGGCCGGGGGGACCCCGAGGUGCCACCUCCUUCUGCACAAUACAGACCUGGCCACUCGGAGUGGCCAGACAUGGUGCUCGUUUUAUCUUCUCCUAAAACUUUAAAACUUGAAAUAGGUAGUAAGAUGGCUUUUUUUUUUUUUUCCCCUCCUUUCUGGGUUUACCGCUCAGAGAAACGAUGGCUAAGAUACCAAAAUCACAGUGCCGACAGCUCUCCAAGACUCAGGUUGACGCUGAAAAAUCACCCAAGACAGUUACUGCAAGACUUUAAUUUUUUAAAAUGUCUGUAGCUCCUUGUUUGCAGGAGUGUGCAGCGGUAGACAGGUAGCUAAGGGACCUUUGAAGGGCCCAGUAUGUUUUUUUUUCUAGGGCUAGCAUAAGAGGACAUGAUGUCCAUGUCUGUCUUGAGUUUUCCCUGGCUCGUUGUCCACCCCUCUUCCCCCGCCCCCACCUCAGUGUAAAGGGCUGGGAUCUCUAGCCCAUUUAGAGUAUUUUCCACAAGGAUGAUGAUUUCAGCAGGGAUGACAUCAUCAUCACAUUCAGGGCUAUGUUUUUCCCAUAAAUCCGAGGGCAGGGCUACCCUUAGCUAAGUCCCUCCCAGUGACUGCAAUAGAACCCUCUGGAAACUCAGGAAGGGGUGGGCUGGGUUUAUAAGCUGCCAUAUGUUGGUAUAGACAGGUAUGGCUUCUCACUGUCUUCCCCCUUUAUACCCAUGUGAGAGGAGGAGGAAGCUUACAUAAGACCCUCCCCCCACCCCACCCCGUACCCCUCCAGGCUACUCUGCAGGCACAGGUCCCCAGUGUGACACCCCAACUUCUCAGCCAGGGGCAGAAGCACAGUCCUCGCACUUUCCCCUUCUCUAAGAGACUGCAGGGGGAAAACUGCAAUAAAAGCUCAACCCUCCCUCCCUCCUGAGAUUUUAAAGUCCUUUUUUAUUCCAAGGUGAAUCGAUAAAUCUUUUUUUUUUUUAGGGGGAGUGGGAGGUCAGACAAGCUGCAUUUCAGAAAUGCUGUCGUAAUGGUUUUUAACACCUUUUACUCUUACUGGUGCUAUUUUGUAGAAUAAGGAACAAUGUUGACAGGUUUUGUGGGAGGUUUUUUUAUUCACUUUUUAAAAAAAAUCUCAGACUUCUAUUUUUGUUUAAACAUUUUCAUAAUUUUUUUUUGUAACUGGAGCCACGUAACAAGUAUGGGGAAAAAUUGUGCCUUGUUUCAACAGUUUUGCUAAUUUUUAGGCUGAAAGAUGACAGAUGCCUAGAGUUUACCUUAUGUUGAAUUAAAAUCAGUAUUUCUCUAACAAUCUGGUGUCCCUUUUGUU